AUGUCGUUCUUGUCAGGCUUCUAUAACCGCCUUUCGGGCACCUUUGCUCGGCCGAAUGAAGGCGAAACCGGCGACAUGACUACUUCGAACCCAGCCCAGUCGGAUGCGGCCAACGAGAACGAUGCAUCAAGCCGCACUCUCUCUCCCGAGGACGACCAAGGAGAUGUCGAGACUCCUGAGAAAGCUCCUAUUACUUCGCGAUCGCGUGUACCGCCGACACCGUCAUUCGCUCCUCCAGCCACUCCAUUCGCCGGACAGGCCUCACCAGUCGUCAACCAAGCAGCCGCCGAGCAACUCAUGCGCGAGGCCGAGUCCUAUGCCACAACACCCGCACUGAGAAAUGCACCUACACCAUUCUUCGGCAUCUUUGCCCCACCGCAAACCCCAGCUGCGCGCAACUUGUCACCAGUCAGAGCUCAAGCAGCAGAGCAACAACUCAUGCGCGAGAUGCUAGGGGAUGUUCCCGAAACACCUGCCACUGUCCAGACGAGAGCAAGAGCUACUCCCAUGACAUUAUACAAGACACCCGCCAUGUCACAAUCCACACCGGAAGAGCCAAGCACAGAGCAGAGUAUACAAACAGAUGCUUUCCAAACACCGUCUGUCAUGCCAUCUAGGCGCCAACGCCGCAACCACUCGCCAAUCCAAGAAGAGUCCGAAAUCGUCUUUGCAGAUGUGGAAGCGGUAGAAACACAAUCACAAAGCUCCUCUACAUCAUCCAUCGACGCAGAAGAAGAAGAGGAAGAGCAGGAAGAGGAAGCAGCAGAGCAAGAAGCCCCCUCAUCAUCACCCUCUGCAACCUCGUCCCCAAAAGCACCCAUCGACAUGGAUCUCUCUUCAGCAGACGAAAACGACACAUCCACAACUUCCAUCGAAUCCAGCGAUGACUCGGACAAGAAGCGUCGUAUCACCACCAUCUCCACCACAACAAAAACUCGCAGAAACCAACGAUCAUCGCGUCCCAAUCAACGCAUAACAUCAAAAAGCUACGAAGACAACAGAAGAACAAGAGUGCAGAAAUCAACAAGACCGGGCGUCAGCAGAAGUGUCAGUGGAAGGGAAGAGUUGCUGAAUAGAGCACGCAAGCGAUAUCACGAUCGCAAGGCAGAUGGACUGUUCUGA